AAAAUUCCGGCUUUUUCCACUGAACAAUUGGAUUGAUCUGAAAAUGGAAAACAGGCAUAUGGAAAUAUUCUGCAGGAUAAACACAAUGUUUGGUUUUACGGAUAUUGAUCAUCAAAUUAUAUAAUGCAACUACUUCUGAGAUGCUAAACAGGCUAUGCUAAAUGGCUAUUGAGUGAAUAAACCGGUCGAACAAGCCUGCACAUCAUGCUACGUUACCAGUUAAUGUCCGUAGUGACCACCAGAUGGCCGAUUACCUUCAUCAUUUUCUCAUUAUCGAAUUAUGGAAUUUCGAGGUCGAUAGAACCGAUGGCUGUGCAAGAGAAAUCCGUGAUUAAUUUAGCUGGGACCCGCUUCAUAAUGGACGGCAUAUAUAUUUGGGUUAAUGGUGCCAGUUGGUUUGAUGCCAGGAUAUCUACCGGGAUAGAUAUAUCAUGCGUAAGAGUGAAUCAAAUUUUCGUGCCGCCCGUCGUUGUCCGUACAUUUAAACGCAGCGAGCAAUCGACUCUCGGACAUUAGGAGGCGAACACAGAGGCAGACGCGCGCGGAACAAAACAAGAAGGGUGUGAGUUAUACCGUGACCGUUUUGAUGGAUUAAUUCGCAAACCAAACGGAAGGCUGCUGCAUAGACUGAUUUCGACGUAACCCGUUUUAUUUUUCUCGUUAUACAAGCCAGAGAGCAUUGAAAAACGGCUGAUCGCAUUGCUCUUCGAUCUGUAUAGGUAAUUAAUUGCUUCACAUCGUUGGAAGAGAUAUGAAUGACAUAGAACGCAUGCUCUUACGAAACAAAAGCACGGAGAAACGUCGAAAGAGCGAUGGAGAGUAAAGAGGCGGCAUGGUACACCACCAUAAAGAUCUGACAAGAGAAGAGAGGGCCAUCAGUUAAUCCGCAAGGCUGCCGACCGCACAAGAUGAAUGUUCGAUGUGCGAACCACCUGCUUUAACGUGCGGAUGAGUUUUGGAUAUAAAUCUUGGAUAAAAUCGUUGAACACUAACCUUGAUGAUUAAUUCCUAUUAUCGCAAACAUCAAGAUUUGUCGAAAGAUAUAUCGGAUAAUAAUUGGACUACAUCUCAGUGUUUUCGAAAGGACAUUCAGGGAUUCUGACAUAACCUCAUCGAACAUCCGUGUUUUGGUUUUCGCCGCAUUGGAUUUCGUUCGUCGGAUCAGUGAGUUAUUAAAAUCAGUUAUUAGUGCGUUAUUUAAGAAUUAAAUUACAUUUUUUCAAAAAUUUUUCAACAUUUUAAAUUCUGAAUAUAAAGAACGAUUAUACUUGUGAAUAUACAAGGUGAAAGAUAUGCUACCUGUUUAAAAAAAGCAGCAAUUAUCUAAUCGAUUAGCUAAAUUCAAAUCGCUUAUCAAAUUUCCUUUGAAAUUAUUAUCCAUUGUGAGAAUCUCGACCAGAGAGCGCCGAAGAGAUCCUUCAUCUUCGACGUUUCCGGCCAGAAGCAAGAUGCGAAGAUAUCGAGUCGAGCGAGGACGAUCAGCGACGGUCAUCGAGGAGUGUCGUCGAAUGCGCUCGUAAACCGGCGGGCCGCAUCGGAACGGAUCCACAUCACCGAUGAGAAAGAAAAAACGGACAGGACAACGUGGCAGGUCGAAGAUCGCGAUCAAGAGGCCGCGGAAUUCGGCGUUUCUUACCGGCGACCGACGGGGCUGACCGCAUAUUCGGCUCCAAUCGCCGAAGCAACUGGGCGAAGAUCUCGGCGAGCGGCUAGAUCCAGCCGCGUUUUUCUCCACGUCGACGGUCGGAUGAUUCACAUCGGACACGGCACAAAAUUUACAUCGACACGCGCGCAAAAACCGUCUCGCUAUCGAAUGCUGCAACGAUAUCGACUCGAUGCGAUUCGAAAGGAAUCGGUUUGCAAAAGAGAGAGCUUCGAGUGUUAUUAAUAAUCUGCUCGGCGUUGAAAGAAAAUUUUAGUCGUUUUGUGGAAUAUUAACAUUAAGAACAUUUUUUGUGCAGCCAUAAUAGUGAGAAAAUCAGAGAAAGGAAGAGAGAUAUGUCGAGAUUUAACUGUUGACGGAGGAACAAUGAGAAUUAGACAAUCUUUUAGCAAAGAAAAUAUAAUAUUGAAUAGGAUGUAUGUAUAAAAGGUAGUGUUUCUUUAUUAAUUAGUGAAAAUAACAUAAUGUACGUAAUAACAAUCGCACAAAACAAUCGUUAUUGAUUGAAUUUUUGCAGUUUUGUUUCACGCACAAUAAUUCCAAAAGUUUAUCUCACAGUAUUUACGGAAUUAGAGAACAUCCGUGGCUCUAUUGCGAUUUAAGAAACAUAUCUGCAAUAAAUAUCUUGCUAUACUUAACUGUUGUGUUUAAAUCAGAAGCACAUGUGGCAUAUAUCAAAACAUCGUUUAUCAAGAAGCAAGUGUUUCCUAUGCUAAACAGUGGGCAACAUCGAAAUCGCGAUUCGGCGGAUUUGACGUCCGACAAGAUCGACACUACGCUAUUCAAGGUUAUGGUCGAGAUAAACCGGGUCUCGCGAACGAUCCGAUAAGCAGCCAGCGCGGCGGUCCGUCGGCAGUUGGAAGCAUUGGCGAGUGCGCGGCUAACUUCAGGCCCGCUCGGACCUUGCUAGAAGACGCGCGGUGCGUCGACGGCGACUUUCGGCUCGAUCGAAGAUAUCAACUCGAAGACGUGGACUCGACUCGGAGCGAUCGUGAGCAGAAAAGAAGAGACAUAAAUUUUGAAGAAUCAAAAACAUCGCAUGUAUCGCACUAAACGAUGCCGACUCGGGGAUUCUUUCGUCGAAAUUAAGUAAGAAAAAGUGACGUGAAUUGGUACGAUUAAAAAUACGGCAUGUAUCACACGAAAUAACACAGGUUAGGAUUUCCACGCAUAGAGUUAGUCGAAGUAGAGAAAAGUGACAAAUUUUGUGUGAUUGAAAACAUCGUAUGUAUUCGAGCGUGUAUGUGAUCGAACUUUUGAUCGUCGGCGUCCGUUAAUCCUACUCGGUUUUGCUUGUUUUUGCCCGAUUAUUUUCCAUCAAUUACAUUUUUGUAACAGCAAUAAGUGCGAACAACUUGAAAUCCAAAAAGAGAGACUGCAAUUAGCUAAAUGUAGAAAGUACAAAAAGAUUUAAGAUGUCGGCCGAGAAAAUACUGCAUCGCGAUCGGAAAAUCGCAUACAUUUGUUCAGCGUAAACCGUUUCAUCGACAAUAAAUCGUCAAGCGGCUUGUGCGAUAGUGUUGGCGGAACUAUUUACAAACAGCCCAUUCAAGUCUCGUGCUACGAGCUUGUAAACGAGUCUCAAACUCAACGGGUAUUUCUGUUACAGAAAAAACAUUCUCUUUCGUGACUUCGUCGUUUAGCAGCAAUCACAAGAAUUCUGUUAAAAAAUUAGCCACACCUAAGAUUCUUCAAGAUAAAACGUGGAGCGAAGACGAUUGUAUGUGUGAAUCAAGUUGGUGCAUUUUUCUCACAUUGAAAACUGCACUGAGUGAUAACUUCUGUGUAGUUUGUUUGACAAAGACUGGGUCACAUUUUCAAGAUCGUCGAGGAAUUUAAUAUUCGGUACAUUAUCUUGGAACGAUGAAGAUAAGUGUAAUAAAAAUAGUGAGCGCGUAAUUUGCUAGAGACUUUACAGCAUCGAGAGUGCCGUAUAAAAACAGUAUUCAGUUUUCUCGCAAUCGCUCAGAGUAUGCACUGACGUCAACGACAGUGGACGAAGUGAACCUUUGGGAAGAAUCGUUGAAGUCAGUGACUGCAUCCAGCAAAUUUGAAUCGCAGUGGAAGAAAUAAAUAGCAAAUCUCGCCGCCUACGAGGAGACAAAUCGUAGGUCUUGGAAAGACUGUCGAAAGGGCGACGCGCCUCGCCGGAUAUUGCUGCUGACGCGAUUGCACAAGCUUACUCUUAGACUGGAGCUGUACUUGCCGUACGCACCGCUGCCGGGGGGCGGCGGGAUCCUCCCGGCGGUGAGCGGCAGCGGUGCUUCCGGUGGUUGUCGUCCGGUGCUCCUGGGUGGUGUCGAUCUGUCGAUGUCGGCAGCGGUGCAGCCGCCGGUCGCGACGCUACCGACGAGCUUGACCAGCAGCGGUCCGAUAGCGGCUCACAAUUCUCUGCACCACACUUCCGGCGGCCUGGCCCUGCCGCUCGGGGCCGCAGCGGGCCCGCCGGUGAUGAUGCCGCGUCCACCGCCGGGUGCCAUGCCGCCGCUAGGACCCACGUUGCCAUCGACGCAUCAGGACGAGGAUCUAGCCGACGCAGCGCCCAACCAGGACGUCCUGCUGGCGCUCCUUGCGAGGAAUAAGAAUCUAGAAGAACGGAGGAUCAAAACACCAAGCCGUUUUACUAUCAAGGAAGAAUCCACGAUACCAAAAUGCGGUGGAUGUCAGGAAGUUAUUUUGGACAAAUACGUUCUAAGGGUUUUGGAAAGGUGUUGGCAUGCAAGAUGUCUCACGUGUCGGGAUUGCGGUGCCAGGUUAACCGACAAAUGUUUCGCGAGAAACGGCCACGUGUUCUGCAAAGAUGACUUCUUCAAGUGUGGCAGGCGUUUCGGGACGAAAUGCGCGGGCUGCGGCCAAGGGUUGGCACCUUCGCAGGUGGUACGAAGAGCUCAGGAGUUGGUCUACCACCUGACGUGUUUUUCAUGCGCUCUUUGCUCUCGGCAACUGGACACUGGCGACGAGUUUUAUCUCAUGGAAGAUAGAAAACUCGUUUGUAAGCCUGAUUACGAGCAGGCAAAAGCGAAAGAACUGGCAGAUGGAGGAAGCAUAGACGGUGAUCAACCUAAUAAAAGGCCGCGAACGACGAUUACGGCAAAGCAGCUAGAAACUCUCAAGCUGGCAUACAACACCAGUCCGAAACCAGCGAGGCACGUACGGGAACAGCUGUCUCAAGACACCGGCCUCGACAUGCGCGUCGUUCAAGUCUGGUUUCAGAAUAGGAGGGCGAAAGAAAAGAGGCUGAAGAAGGAUGCCGGUAGGACAAGAUGGUCGCAAUAUUUUCGCAGUAUGAAAGGCUCCGGUGCUGGCGGUCAUUCUCCGAGACACGAUAAGCUUCUUGACAAAGACGAGCUGAAGGUAGACUUGGACUCCACCUUUGGUCAUCACGACUUGAGCAACGACAGCUACGGAACGGUGGUGAACAUGGGCUUGGAUGAGGGCGCGAGUCCAGGCGGCGGUGGCAACGGAGCUGGAGGUGGACCGCCUCGUGGAUACCUGGGAGCGACAACACCUCCGUAUCUAUCAACGUCCAGAUCGCCGUCCUUACCGCCCCAGUUCCCUUACCCGCCGGAUGCUGGUCUCUCGGUUUAUACCACGCUCGGGGGACCGGGCGGCAUGGUGCCAGGACCUGCGUCGGAUCUGAGUAACGAGUCGAGCGGCGGCGGCGGCGGAGGCGGCGGAGGCGGUGGUAGCGGCGGUGGCGGCGGUUACCCCGAUUUCCCACCGUCGCCGGACUCCUGGCUUGGCGAGCCACCGCCCCCGCAUGCUCACCAUCACUCCCACUCUCAUUCCCAUUACGCCACAUAACCCGCCAAAACCGCGCGUCGCCAAAUAUCGUAUAGAAUAACGUACUAUCGGCGUCAGCGUCGUCGUCAUCGUCAUCGUCAUCGUUAUUGUCAUCGUCGUCGUCGUUAUCGUCAUCAUCUUCGCGAUAGUUGAAAUGGCGAUAGAAAUGGCUUUCUUCGUUUCUCAAAUUCUUUUAUCAUCUUUUAUUCAGUUACGAACGAGUCUGAUUUGAUAAACUGUUUACUGAAAAAUCUUGAGAAAUCAAAUUUUCAAAAAUUAUUCUUGAAGAAUUCUUGAAAAAAUUAUUCUUGAAGAAGACAAUGCAAUAACUUCGAUGAUAAAACACGACGCUUACGAAUUUGUUGUGUAUCUCAUACAACUUAAAGUCGAAUUAUUCUACAACGGUAUUUUACACCGUCCCUCCUCACGAUCUCCCGUCAUCCGAGCGGCCGUAUCGACGCUGUGUAACGUUACACUUAUGGCACACGUACGAUUCGUAAUUGAUACUACGACUAAUCUAAAUAUAUUUAUGUACAAGUUCCUCGUUUCUCGGUAUUACGGAGUUUGAUUGUCGAGUAAUAAUAGGAGGUAGUGAUUUAAACGUGCCCUGGAUUGUUCGAUAUGAGGAUUGAUUCGUCGUGAUUCGGCGAAUGGAACGCAACAAGCGCUUGCUGAUUUCAAUUAUAUAAUUAAUUAUUUAAUUAGUUCUAAAAAAAUUAUUUAUUAAUUUAUUUCAUUUUGAUUAUUCUAUUACCCGAAAAGUUGACAAAAUAUCAAAAAUUUUAAAAAGAGUAAAGGUUUUUACAAUACGAACAUAGGCAGUUUUAAUUCUAAAAUAUAAUAUGAAAUGGUAUUUGAUCCACUCGAACAAAAUUCGCAUUGUCACGAUGAAUGUAAUCAUCCAUAUGACCGUACCACAGCCUAGAUCCAAUUUUCAUUUUACAAGUUUUCAAGAACUUCAAGGAAUACAGCCCACAAUUAAAACCAUUAAAUCGAUUUUAAUUUUUAAUUAUAUUUUUUUAUAGAGAUUUUAUUUUUUACAUUUUCUA